AUAUAGACCUGUUUUAUGAAAUUAAUGGAAAGAAAUUUGAUGCAUCACCCAGUAUCCAUAAUACUACAUCUGCAGAGCUCAUGAAUAACUUCAAAUGUAUGUGUCCCCCUGGCUCUAUUGUGGUUGCUGGCUUCCCCUGCUUGUGCCAUCUAGGCUCUGUGCACCUGAGGUGGGAAUGGAACCCUGAUGGCUGCAUCCUGAAUGCCUGUGAGCACGAUUCUCCCUGCAAAGAUCCGCUUCCUAGCUACCAGUGCAUGUGCCCAUCUGGAGGGGAAGGAUAUUUUUGUGAGCAAGAAUCCAAUGACUGCAAAAUGAAUCCUUGUGAGAACAAUUCCACCUGCACUGACCUUCACAAUAACUACCGCUGUGAAUGUACAUCUGGGUGGACUGGACAAAACUGUAGUGAAGAAAUAAAUGAAUGUGACUCUGACCCAUGCAUGAAUGGAGCUCUUUGUCAUGAAUCUACCAUCCCCGGGCAGUUUGUAUGCUUGUGCCCACCCUUUUAUACUGGAAAAUUUUGCAAUCAGCACUAUAACCCCAGUGAUCCACUCACUGACCCUUACAGAAACAAUGAAACAUGCUUGACUUUGGUGGAUGGAAAUCAUUAUUGUAUUUGUAGAGAAGUUUUUGAAGACCAGCAACAAUUAACAAUUAAUCAUAAGUGCACCAUUUAA